GGGUCACUGGGAGUUGUAGUUCCUCCGGAAAUCCGGAGCGGGUGACAGGAAGGGAAGGGAAAGAAGGGAGAGACCUCAGACAUGAUCCGUUUUAUCCUCAUACAGAACCGCGCCGGCAAGACCCGCCUGGCCAAGUGGUACAUGCAGUUCGACGAUGACGAGAAGCAGAAGCUGAUUGAAGAGGUUCACGCCGUGGUCACCGUCAGGGACGCAAAGCACACCAACUUUGUAGAGUUCAGGAAUUUUAAGAUCAUCUACCGCCGUUACGCCGGGCUCUACUUCUGUAUCUGCGUGGAUGUGACAGAUAAUAACCUGGCUUAUCUGGAAGCCAUCCACAACUUCGUAGAGGUAUUAAAUGAAUAUUUCCACAACGUAUGUGAAUUAGAUCUGGUGUUUAAUUUUUACAAGGUGUAUACGGUGGUAGAUGAGAUGUUCCUGGCCGGGGAAAUCCGAGAAACAAGUCAGACAAAGGUUCUGAAACAGCUGCUGAUGCUGCAGUCCCUGGAGUGAGAUGGGUUCUCCUGGAUGCGGAGUCCUCUGUAUAUAGAUAUAUCUGGCGUCCGUUCUCUGCUCCGUCACGACAUUCCUAGCAGGAGCCCGGGCUCUGCGAUUUUAUUCCCUGUGUUUCCCCACAAAACCAUUGAGCCAUUACAUCGUACCAUGUUCAAGCCCAUUGUCGCCCCGAUCUGGCGGUCUCUCGCCUCCCCCUCUUCUCCUCUCCGGCGUCACCCACUCUGGAUUCAUCAUGCUCUCGUUUUUUGUAUACUCUCAGUGUGAAAACAAUAAAGGUUCCAUGGAUGAAUUUGCCCCGGACAUGGAAAAA